GUGAAAUACAUGGAGAAUUGGAACAACGUGACAGAGUUUAUACUUCUUGGUCUUACUCAAAAUCCAAAGAUGCAGAAAAUUGUAUUUGCUGUGUUUUUUCUCAUCUACCUCAUCACUGUGGUAGGAAAUGUGCUUAUUGUGGUCACCAUCACUGCCAGUCCAUUGGUGGGAUCUCCUAUGUACUUUUUCCUGGCCUGUCUCUCCUUUAUUGAUACUUGCUAUUCCUCUGUCACUACCCCUAAACUGAUUGUAGAUUCAGUCAGUGAAAGAAAAACCAUCUUAUUCAAUGGAUGCAUGACCCAAAUCUUUGGAGGACAUUUAUUUGGAGGAGUUGAGGUCAUCCUUCUUACUGUGAUGGCUUAUGACCGAUACGUGGCUAUUUGUAAACCUUUGCACUAUAUAACCAUCAUGAACCGGAGAGUGUGUGGUUUACUAAUGGGACUCUCGUGGUUGGGUGGCUUUCUUCAUGCAACCAUACAGAUCCUUUUCAUAUUUCGAUUACCCUUCUGUGGCCCUAACAUCAUAGAUCAUUUUAUGUGUGAUCUAAGCCCUUUGCUCAGUCUUGCCUGUGUGGAUACUCACAUUUUAGGACUCUUUGUUGCAGCCAACAGUGGGUUUAUCUGCCUAUUAACCUUUCUCCUCCUGAUGGUCUCCUAUGUGGUCAUCCUGUACUCCCUGAGGACCCACAGUUUAGAGGGUAGACGCAAAGCCCUCUCAACUUGUAUUUCCCAUAUCACGGUGGUUAUCUUAUUAUUUGUGCCCUGCAUAUUUGUAUACAUGAGACCUGUGGCCACUUUAUCUAUUGACAAAGCAGUUGCUGUAUUCUAUGCCAUCAUAACUCCCAUGUUAAAUCCUUUAAUCUAUACCUUGAGAAAUGCCCAGAUGAAAAAUGCCAUUGUAAAAUUAUGCAGUAAGAAAGCUACUUAA